AUUAUAUGCUCCAAUGUGAGUAUCGCACGUCAAAUGAGUGGAAAUUUUUUAAAAAACGCCCUUUAUAUUUUGUUGCCAAAAGAGUGAACCCUCCCUCUCCUCUUCAUUGUUUCUCUUUUCAUGCUUUUGCAAAUUAAUUAAUGCCAACUUGUAUCUAUUUCCAUACUUCUCAGUCUCCCUUGUCCUUUUUCUCUUCCAACAAAAAAUUCUAUUGAGCAAAUACACAAUUCACAUUCUUGAUCCAAGUUGAAGGUACCAUUUUUAAUGAGCUCCCUCUCUGUAUUUCUCUUUAAUUCAGCUUUUCCAACACUAAAAGUCUAUUCUUUAACAAGAAAAUCCUUGUUUUUGCCUUCUUUUUGUCUAUUUGGUUCAAACGGUGGGAAUAGUCUCCAGCAGAAAUAUAAAUGGAAGUUUUUGACCAAGAUAAAAGGGAACCUUGUUUGCUGUGUUGGAUGCUUGUGAGCUACAGUUUUUUGCUUAGUUGACAAUACAAUCUAAUCUGUGAACCUUAUGAGAUCCAGUUUCAUUUGCUGGAAGAACAUUUCUUUUCUUGUGGAUCAGAUGGUGUCUUUGUGUGUCUGAGAAAAUGGGGGUUUGUGUCUCUACUAGCAGUCAUAGUACUUGUAGUAGCAGGAGCAACAGCGAAAGAGUUUCCCCUGAAUGUUUGGGGAUAAGGAUGUUUAGUCGAAAGAGGAUUAGAAAAACUUUUUCUGAUCCUGUUACUACAUUGCAACAUUUGUCUUCAAUACCUAAUCGGAUAUUCAAAAAUGGGAAGAGCCGGACUUCUUGCAUAUUCACUCAACAAGGGCGUAAAGGCAUAAACCAGGAUGCCAUGGUUGUCUGGGAAGAUUUCAUGGCUGAAGAUGUGACCUUUUGUGGUGUAUUUGAUGGUCAUGGUCCACAUGGCCAUCUCGUUGCUCGCAAAGUAAGGGAUGCACUUCCCUUGAAGCUAGCGUCAUUUUUGCAAUCAUUUGACUCGAAGCACAAUGGCUCUACUGUGAAUUGCUGCAGUGGUAAUCCAAAAUUGGAUGUGGUGGAUCCUGAUAAGGAUGGAGGGGUGGAGGAUAAAGUGGACUACCUGUGGAGAGAAGCUUUCCUUAAAUCAUACAAGGCUAUGGAUAAAGAACUAAGGUCUCAUCCUAAUUUAGAUUGCUUUUGCAGUGGGAGCACAGCCGUCACUCUAGUGAAACAGGGUUCAAAUCUUUUUAUGGGCUACAUUGGUGAUUCACGGGCAAUCCUGGCAUCUAAGGACAGUAAUGAUUCAAUGGUAGCAGUUCAAUUGACUGUUGAUCUGAAGCCUGACUUACCCAAGGAAGCUGAGAGGAUAAAAAAAUGUAAAGGUCGGGUUUUUGCAUUGCAAGAUGAGCCUGAGGUACAGAGAGUAUGGCUUCCAUUUGAUGAUGCCCCUGGUUUAGCAAUGGCUCGAGCAUUUGGGGAUUUCUGCUUGAAGGAAUAUGGGGUGAUUUCAGUUCCAGAAUUUUCUCACCGUAUUCUUACCGAAAGGGACAAAUUCAUUGUUCUAGCUUCUGAUGGGGUUUGGGACGUCUUGAGUAAUGAGGAAGUGGUUGAGAUAGUGUCAGCCGCUCCUACACGAGCAUCAGCUGCCAGAAUCCUGGUUGAUUCAGCUGCACGCGAAUGGAAAACCAAAUAUCCAACGUCAAAGAUGGAUGAUUGUGCAGUCGUUUGCUUGUUCUUGGAUGGGAAAAUGGACUCUGAAUCCGAUAACGAGGAUCAAUGUUUCUCUUCUGCUACAAUUCACAGCAACCAUUCUUGUAACGCUGCCGAAUCAGACGAUGGACAGAAUUCCGAGCCAUCUCUACAGAGGAACUUCACCGUCAGGUCAGCUGAAGAGAACGACACCUACAAACGAAUUGUUGCAGAAGUAGAAGCAAAUCAAGAAGCCGUGCCGACUGAAGAGCAGAACUGGUUAGGAUUAGAAGGCGUCACUCGGGUAAACUCCCUGGUUCAGCUUCCAAGAUUUUCUGAAGAGAGGCCAAGACCUUAACCGUGUUGUUGAAUUAUUUUUGUUGUAAUAUAAGAUCCCUUUCUGAAAGUUUAAGGAUAUAUAAAUUUGCUGCAGCAUAUCCUAGUAUUGUUUAUGAUAUAUUUGGGGGUUUGGUUUUGUUCAGUGGGUUAAAGUGACAUUCAUCUAACUGUAAAGUCUAUAUCUUCUUUAAGAUACAGUAAUUGUUUAUGUA